GUGGUGUCCUAUUACAAUGACUAUCUCUUUCUACUACAAUAUAUAUAAAUACAUGUAUAUCAUGGAUGUUUUUCGUUCGUUUUUCGUUUUUUGCAUUUUUCAUGUUUUUUCAUUUCACACAACAAAAAAAUACACUGUUCUAUUUCUUUUUUUUCAUUUUUUUGCUGGCUGUAUGUUUACAAAAAUAAGCAAAUUAAAUUGAACCAAAAAUAAUAGAGCUGACGCUUUUUGUUUCUGGUUUGUCAAUAGAGUCUGGUGUCCUAUUCUCAAAAAGAAAAAAAAACAGUCUUCUUUUGUAUCCUAAAGUGAUAGGCAACUGACUUGGUUUCUCACGAUGAAAUCCUUAAAGUAUUUUAAAGUGGUUUUGAAGCGGUUAAAAUUAGGCAUCACAUUUCAGUUCAGUUAGUUUAUAUUUUCAACUUGAAUUCACUAUUCUAAUCGUCUUACAAUGGUUUUCCUGUUGUUUCUUUUAGAUAAAGCUAAACUCCCUAUAAUUAUUCUUUUGUCUAAACGCAGCGAAACUGCUUUCGAAUUAGUCUAUCCAUAUGAACUCGCAGCAUUAUGGGCAAAGAAAUAACGGACGAUAUAAUAAGUAGAUUACUAAAUAUUUUCUGGAUAUACACUGGAAGUAUUUAUACCUUUUUGCUAUAUUUCUUUUUAGUGGUAAUAGCGGGUCUUAUCAAAACAGCGGUGGUCAAUUACGGACAAAUAAUCGGCAUCAAUCGAUCCCAUCCAUGGCUCCUUUUACAGCUUACAUAGGCAAUCUUCCCGAUAAUGUCGUACAAGGCGAUUUUGACGAAAGAUUAUUCAAUGGAUUAAGGGUCAAACAAGUUCGAUUGGUACGUGAUCGUGAAACAGAUCGUUUUCGUGGUAUGAAUUGUUUCACUUGA